ACGGUUAGAAAGGAAAAGUGUUAGCAUUGGUGAAGAAAUUUUAUUAAUGUGAUAAAUUAAAUUGGUAAAUAUUUUAGGAAAAGUGUUAGCAUUGGUGGAGAAAUUCUUUUUCAAAUCAUUGAGAGUGCUCUUAGCCGGUGUAUUUUAUAGGAGUAGUGAAAACAAAAAAAAAAAAAACUUUCUUUCAUAAAGGAGUAAAGCAAAUUCCUUUGUCUUAAAUCCAAUCGAAUAUCUUCUCUUUUGCUGAUCUUUAUCUAUAAUUAAUCUUCAUCUUCAAGGGAAGAUCGGUACUUCCCAAAUUUCUGCUUGUCCAGAAGAAUCUUCGUCGUGUUCUUCCAUAUAAUUCCCAAUUUGAAUUGCUUUUCAGGGUGAUUCUUGGGAGAAUGGCGCAGGAUGGGAGAGAAAAGCCGUUGCAGAAGAUCUCUGAAGCAUUCAAAGAUCUAGCCACCACUAUCAAUUCCCAGCAUUCUGACCUUGAGAUUGCCCCGUUUUCCCAUGCUUGCUCUCUUGUCUCCCCUUUAUUUAGUUGUCUGGGCAUAGCAUUUAAGUUUGCGGAGAUGGACUACGUAGCCAAGGUUAAUGAUCUUGCGGAAACCUCCAAGUCGAUUGCAACACUAAAAAUAAUGAUUGAUCAAGAUAUUCAAGCAAAGACCGUGAGGAAACAAGGAAGCCAUACGAGAAAUCUUCUGAGAGUAAAGCGUGGUCUUGAUAUGGUCAAAGUACUUUUCGAGCAAAUCAUUGCGACUGAGGGUAAUUUGUUGAAGGAUGCAGCUUCGACUUCUUAUACCCAAGUAUUUGCUCCAUAUCAUGGAUGGGUCAUAAGAAAAGCUGUUGCUGCCGGGAUGUACGCAUUGCCUACCAGGUCUCAGUUGAUGCUGAAGCUGAAUGAGGAUGACAAUUCUGCACGGGUCCAAAUGGAAAACUAUAUAGCAACAUCCGAAGUUGUAAUUGGAUACAUCGAGAAGCUAUUUAACUCGAAUGAGCUAGGUUUAGAUUGGUGAUCUAAGGGCAUUCAUUAUAUAAUUUGCUACAAACAACAAUUGCCCUCUUCUAUAUUGUGAUAAAUCCAGUAUUAUCCGUUGAUGCCCAAUCUAUACUGAAGUUCGGAAUUCCGUUACCUUCCUGAUUACUCUCUAAACAAAAGUUAGAAUGCAACAGCGAAUUAUCGCUUAGUAUGCAUGCAUUUCGGUCUGCACAAAAUAGACCUGACCGACUCAAACUUUGGCUUUCGAGUGAUUUAAGUGUUUGUGCACGCACAUAUUCUAUUUUAACCAGACAUGAUA